AAAAAAGGAGAAAGAGAACGGAAGGGGGGAAGGAGGAGUAUAGCGAGGAAGACUGGCCCUGGGACAUUUGCAAAUCCUAGGGUGCCAGUGAAAGGUGGGGAGUCAGACAAAGCCAGAGCAACAGAAAAGCGGAUCUACUCCCUGCAGCAACAACGGGAGCUGUCUGGAACUGGAUAUAUACAUAGAUGCGUACGUACAUGCACACACAGGAAGAAUUCAAGCUGAAGCUAAUGGGAGGGAGAAAGGGUUUGGGCUGUGCAAAAAGCUAUGCGUUUCAGUCAUGAGACUGAAAACUGAAAGAAGAGGCUGUGCUCCCGGGAAUGUGUCAUCUUGGAAGGGAGGGAGGCAGGAAGGAAGGAAGAAAAGGGGAAAGAUAACUGCCGUGUGGAAGACGAUGGGAUUCUAACUCACUGCUCUGCAGAAGGGAAAUCCAACUUGUAGAUCUGAAAUACACCAGGCAGAGAUUGCAAAUGUGAUCGGAGCUGCAUUGAAACAGAGAGAAAAAAAGGGAGGCAGAAGCCGGAGAGCUUUUAUCCUUCUCCCCUCUCUCUUUCCCUCUCUCCUCAAAGAAGAAAUAGAAGUUUAUCCGUCUUGGUGCUGCUGGAUCGUUAUAGCUGCUGGACAAAAGAUGGAGAGGGAGCUGAAAUGAAAAGCAAAGGGAAACCAGUGCUUGCAAAACUAACGGCUAAGAAGACAAAUCACGCCUCCCCAGGCUUCUUUUGUGCCCCAUUGGGGGAGUUUUAACAUCAGAAAGAUUUUGAGAAGUGCGGGGAGCAAAGGGGAGAGUGGGCGUUUAAAACACCCAUCCUGAGUGUUUAAAAAAUAACAAGGGGAUGGAUUUAUUCUUGACAGCUGGUGGGAACCUUGAAUUUUUCUCUACUCCCUCCCUCCUUCAUUCCAUUUAAUGUGAGAUUAUGAAAAUGCAGAGGAGUUGGAGAAAAGGCAAAAGGAUAUAAUGUGGAGUCUGAAGCGAGGAAGAGAGUGCUGAUGCUGUGGAUUGCUGGCUUCUUGCUGAAAUCAAAAAUCCAAUUGCGCACUGGGUUGUGAUUGGAAAUCUAAUCAGAUCUUUGGAGAGAAGGGAGAGACACUAAAAGUUAUUGUAUUGACAUAUAGAAAUAAAAAUUUAAAUGCAAAUGGAGAUUUUAUCCUAAAGGAGUGUGGAGGACAGGGAAAAAGAAGAAUGGGAAUCCCCAUUCUAAUGUGGAGACACACGGAUUGGAUAAUUGAUAGUGCAGCAAAGAAGGGGGAAGAAGAAAAUUGCCUGGCAAGACCUGGAUCUUAACAGUCACAACAAAAUUGCAUUAAAAGAAUAAAGAUGGAGGGCUGCUUAAUCAGAAAUACAGCUCUUUCUGCUCCCCAGAGAAAAAACAAAUAGUGAGCAAUGGAGAGCAGAGAAGCUAGAGUGGCAGAAAAUUGCAGAAAAAGGGAGGUAGGCAAAGGAUCCACUGUGGAAUGAAAAGUUUCAGAAAGGAGAAAGACCAUUCAUCCUCUGCAAUAAUUUUUCUUUUUUUUUUUCUUGGUGUUUUAAACCCCUCUUCUCCAGUGAAGCAAACAUCAUUGUUAUCACUACAGCAUUUUUAAGCAGAAAAGUUGAACACAGCAGAGAAAAUAAAGGACAGAGAAAAAAAAAGCAAAAUUGCUGGAGGGAGAGAGCUCAGCAGUGUUGGGUUGGAUUGGUACCUGUAUGGACUGAAAUUUCUUGGAAAUUGCAGUUGGAUAUCUUUUAUUUUUGUUUCCUUACUUGUUUUUAAUUUUGGUUUGGUUGCUGAAAUGAAAUAGUUUUUAUAACCCCUCCCCCACCCUGGUUUUUCAUAACCACUUGGAUUUCCAGCUGGAUAGUCUUUGAGGAUAUAGGUGAAUGCUGCGAGGUGGUCCAGGCGACUCUAUGGAACAUUCUCCAAUGGGCUAGUAGAAUGAGAAGAUCCAAAAGUAGUUUGGAAAACAAGGAGAAACAUCACCUCUCAUGACGGUAAACUUACCGAGAAGAAUAUUCAAACUCCAGAAGGACCAACACUAGAUAAAUUAUGAAUGUUGAACAAGAUGACCUUACAUCCACAGCAGAUAAUGAUAGGUCCUAGGUUUAACAGGGCCCUAUUUGACCCCCUGCUUGUGGUGCUGCUGGCUCUUCAGCUUCUUGUGGUAGCUGGUCUAGUGAGGGCUCAAACUUGCCCUUCAGUCUGCUCCUGCAGCAACCAGUUCAGUAAAGUGAUUUGUGUACGGAAAAAUCUGAGAGACGUGCCAGACGGCAUCUCCACCAACACCCGGUUACUCAACCUCCAUGAGAACCAGAUCCAAAUCAUUAAAGUGAAUAGCUUCAAGCAUCUGAGGCACUUAGAAAUCCUGCAGCUCAGCAGGAAUCACAUCAGAACAAUUGAAAUAGGGGCCUUCAAUGGUCUGGCCAAUCUUAAUACUUUGGAACUCUUUGACAAUCGUCUGACCACUAUCCCAAAUGGGGCUUUUGUAUACUUGUCAAAACUGAAGGAACUUUGGUUGAGAAACAACCCCAUUGAGAGCAUACCUUCUUAUGCUUUUAACAGAAUCCCUUCUCUCCGGAGACUGGAUUUGGGGGAAUUGAAAAGGCUUUCAUACAUCUCAGAAGGUGCCUUUGAAGGUCUGUCUAACUUGAGAUAUUUGAAUCUUGCCAUGUGCAAUCUGCGAGAGAUUCCUAACCUCACCCCACUUGUAAAACUGGAUGAGUUAGACCUUUCUGGAAAUCACUUGACUGCCAUCCGACCAGGUUCCUUCCAAGGGUUAAUGCAUCUUCAGAAAUUGUGGAUGAUACAGUCCCAGAUUCAAGUGAUAGAGAGGAAUGCUUUUGAUAACCUUCAAUCACUUGUGGAGAUCAAUCUGGCACACAACAAUCUAACACUACUGCCUCAUGACCUGUUCACACCGCUCCGUCUAGAAAGGAUCCACUUGCAUCACAAUCCUUGGAAUUGCAACUGUGAUAUCCUUUGGCUCAGCUGGUGGAUUAAAGACAAGGCACCCUCUAAUACUGCAUGUUGUGCCCGUUGCCACACACCUCCCAGUUUGAAAGGAAGGUACAUUGGUGAACUGGACCUGAACUACUUCACGUGUUAUGCUCCAGUCAUUGUGGAGCCACCAGCAGACCUCAACGUCACCGAAGGCAUGGCUGCAGAGAUGAAAUGCCGGGCGUCAACCUCCCUGACCUCUGUAUCUUGGAUUACUCCAAAUGGAUCUGUUAUGACACAUGGGGCAUACAGAGUUCGGAUUGCUGUGCUCAGUGAUGGCACAUUAAAUUUUACAAAGGUAACUGUGCAAGACACGGGUUUGUAUACAUGCAUGGUGAGUAACUCUGUUGGGAAUACCACAGCUUCUGCCACACUGAACGUGACUGCCCUGGAUAACCCUGGCUAUACCUAUUUUUCAACUGUCACAGUAGAGACUGUGGAACCUUCUCAGGAUGAGGCACAGACCACAGAGCAGGUUGGGCCCACACCAGUUACCAACUGGGAGACCACUAACAUGACAACCUCACUCACUCCACAGAGCACAAGAUCAACAGAAAAAACAUUCACCAUUCCUGUGACGGACGCAAACAACGGGAUCCCAGGAAUAGAUGAGGUUAUGAAGACUACCAAAAUCAUAAUUGGUUGUUUUGUGGCUAUCACUCUCAUGGCUGCUGUGAUGCUGGUAAUUUUCUACAAAAUGAGGAAACAGCAUCACAGGCAAAAUCAUCAUGCUCCAACACGGACUGUAGAAAUCAUAAAUGUGGAUGAUGAGCUUACAGGUGACACACCCAUAGAGAGUCACUUGCCCAUGCCAGCAAUAGAGCAUGAGCACCUAAAUCACUAUAACUCUUAUAAGUCUCCUUUCAACCACACAACAACAGUUAACACAAUAAAUUCAAUACACAGUUCAGUGCAUGAACCGUUAUUGAUCCGAAUGAACUCAAAAGACAAUGUACAAGAGACUCAAAUCUAAAACGUUUAUGACAUUAUGGGGUGGGGGUGGGAAAAACAAAAUAUGGUUUAUAAAACAAAUGACACAAAUGACUGGGCUAAAUCUACUGUUUCAAAAAGUGUCUUUACAAAGAAAAAGAAAUUUAUUUAUUAAAAAUUCUAUUGUGAUCUAAAGCAGACAAAUUAUGUGUAUUCCUCAGAACCUCUUUUUGCUGCACUUAUUUACCCUCCUCCUUCCCUUUUUAAUUCCCAGCCAACCCUAGUUCCCAUUUGCCAUAUUUUUCAUAGAGAUCUUGAUUCCCUAAAAGAACUGGCCUAGGAAAUUUUGUAAGAAUUCUGUUACACUUUGGGAAUUUUUAUGGUGAAUUCUAGUGGUGAGAUUCAGUCUAUUUUGUCACUUUUUCUCUUCUUUUCUUUUCUCAUGCCCUUUAUGAAAUUACUCAACAGGGAAUGGAAUAUUAGCAGCAACUCGACAAGUGAGCAAACAUACAAGCAAAACGUUUUUUUUUCUCCAUGUAAUGAUUUGAUUAUUUGCUCUGUAUUUACCAAAGGAGCAUUCUGUGAAGGAAAAAAAGAAAAAAGGAAAAAAAAAAAAAAAAAAGAAAAAAGGAACAAAAAGGAAAAAAAAAUAAAUUAAUUUACUUGUGAAAACCUAUAAAACCCAUGAUCUUUUAAGCAAUUCUAGAACCAGAAUUUGUAGUUCAAACACUAAACUAAGAUUAUAAAUAAAAUAUUGUUGGUUGUUUUUUUUUUUUUGGUUUUUUUUUUCUGUACUUGGAUAUAGUUUACUUUUAGUGUGGCUUUAAAGAUUCAAAGCUUGUUAAAAUUCUUACAAUAUUCUGCUUUGAUGGUCCAAAACAUAAUUGCUUUAAAAAGAAUAAUUAAAAUACUUUGGAUCAUUACUGAAGAAUAGUAUAGUUUUCAUUUUAGUGUACAUAAGCAGCACACUAGCAAACACAGUUGCUUGACUUUUAAUGCAAAAUUAUGAUGAUUUUCUUUUAAUGGUGUCAUCUUUUAUAUCACAACGUGUAUUCCACAAUAUCAGGUAAAGUUACACGAACUUUCGGUUAUCACUGAAUUAAUUAGACAAAGGUGAAAAUGGUGUUUUAUUUUGUUUUGUUGUUUUGUUGUUUUUGCUGUCCAUAACUCAGUCAAUAAGAAAAUUCACUGUAUCAAAUCUAGUGGAUCCCAGUUUAGUUGUUGUGGUACUUCUAGACAUAAAUAUGAAAUAUGUUUAGAUAUCUAAAAGAUCCAUAAUCAGAGCUGUAUCUCUAAGCCCAAAAUUAAAUCAAAAUUCUUCUUGAUUAAAACAAAUCAAAAAAAGUCAAAAAGAACAAGGGUGAUCAUAUCAGAAGAGAACAGGCUAAUGUCAUUUGCAUGAUAAUUAGAUUACUUAUAGCAUAAUCAGCCUAAUUUGAUUAAAACUCAGACCCAUUUACCAGUAGGAAAUGUGCUUCCUUUUUGUUUCUGUUUAUAUACAUUCUCUCGAAUUAACUUAUUGUUGUAAGAAUGGAAUAUACUUUGUAUGUUGAAAGCUAAAAGGAAGUUUUUGCAUAAGAAAAAACAGAUUCAGGACACUGUAUUCUUUCAAGUACAGAAGUUCUUCCAAAUUAAACUACUUCAUGUAUUGGCAAUGAGGUAGAAGCAUUUUAAGAUCUAUUGAGAUCCAGGACCUGUUCCAAGUGAUUAAUGUACUUAAUUCUUACCAAAAUCUCUUUGGACUGUUCUGGUAUGCUACAGAAGGAAAAAGAUCCUCCUGAAUAGUAUACUUCUAUUCUGUAAAAUUAAGGAGGAAUAUCUGCCAGACAGGUUGAGGGUGUCAAUAUCUCUCAUUGGAUGCACUCUUCUCAAGGUUGCAAGUGAAAGUUGCAAGAAAGCCUGAUUUAAAAAGGACACUGAAGAUAUGUGGCAAUGAAUCACACUCUGCAAGGAGUCUGAUAAGUAUAAUACAGAACGAAACCCAAAGUUCUAUAAUAAUCUCAAAGAAACAUUUGGCAAGACAUUAUCCUUUGAUGUACUACAUGAAAAAUAAUAUCUACUCUUAGAGAAUUUUAAUGCAGGAUAAAGAUGGACCUGAAUGUAAAAUGCUGAAGUAGUGAUUCCUCUCUUUGCCUACUUCUUCAAAGUGCAUUACAGAAUUUUACUGCUGAUUUCUUUUAAUCAUUGUGAUAAAUUUUGUACAGAAACUCCGCAAAUACAUAGGAUUUCUAUUUUGCCCAUCUUUAUGGUUACCAAAAUUAUGUCCACGGCCAAUGCUUAUCUGACAAUUGAAAAAAAAUUGUUUGCAGGAAUCCUGAAUCUGUAAUCAACAGGUUCUUGUUUAAAAAAAAAAAAAAAGAUGGCUACUAUUUAACAACCAUUUUCUAAGGCACAUAUGGUCACCAUGGUUUCAUAAACAUGUAGUUUUUACAGACUCCUAAAAGUUUAUUUUUGGAGGUAAUUGCAAAGCAGGACAGUGUCAGUGACAGUAAUACAGUGAAUACAGUGAAGUAAUGCAAAAUAACCUCAGUGACUAUUGUAAACAAUAUACAGAUUCUUAUUAAAUAUUAAUCAGGUUAUAUUGGCUAUGUGAAUAAUACUAAAAUCAAACAAUUUAAAAAAAAAA